GUCGCUUGACUUUGGUCGGCUUGCCUUGACUUGACAGAGUCUGGGGAAUAAUGGUUUGCUCUAACUAGUGAAACAAAUGCACAUUUCGGGUGGCUGGAGUUAAUGCUGAUGGUUCAUGUACGAGCCAGCUUCUGAUCAAGACCCCAUCUACAGAUUCAGACAAUAUCGAUGACCAAGCUUGAGUGACUUCCCACACAUCCAAUUAAUUGUAAUCUUGAUCUAUCAUCCAUAACUUACAGCCAUUCUGAUUCAUAUGAGAGGAAGAAUGACAAGAAGAAAGAAGAACAAUGAAGAAGUUGGACUUUUCUAACCAAUUAAUGCUGGACGAGUCCUAUCUUUUCAUGACUGUUUCAAAGACAAGCUGAAAAGAAAGAUUAAUGCAUGGUUUUGUAAAGGCUUAUGUUGUGCAGGUCCAACUAUAAAUGCUUCAGCAUGCUGUUGAAGUAAUAUCUUGCAAAUUUUUUUGCAGACACUAGUAACCCAAGUCAUGGUCUCUUCAAUAGUUUCAGAUAAACCUCAUGCUAAUUUUGUUUCCUUGAAGUUACUUCCCUACAUGAGUACAAUCACGAAGUUCAUUUUCGCCUUAUCCCUUGUUCCAGCUUUUGCUUCUCCAGCUUGUUUCAGUGCUCAAGCGAGAAAUGGAACUGCAAAAGGAGAGGAAGCGCGUGCUCUGCUCGAGUGGAAAUCUAGUCUUGACAAUUACAGUCAAGCUCUUUUAUCUUCAUGGCGAGAAGACGACUGUUGCUCAUGGAGAGGGAUUGGUUGCGAUAGCUCAGGAAGUGUCUCGGAGCUUAAUCUCUCGAACAUGGGUUUGGCAGGUUCGCUCAGCAAACUUAACUUCACCGUUCUGUCAAAUUUAAUAAGCCUCAAUCUCUCGGCAAACUCGCUCGACGGUCCCAUUCCUUCAUCCAUCGGUAACCUCUCUAAGUUGUCCACUCUGUCUAUCUUUAACAACUCACUCUCUGGCACAAUCCCUCCUGAAAUAGGCAAGUUGAGCAGGCUGAGCAUUCUUUACCUUGACGGGAAUCGUCUCUGUGGAACUAUCCCUGAAGAACUAGGAAUGCUGUACUCUCUUUUGAACCUCACCUUGUAUGACAAUAAUCUCACAGGUCAGAUUCCUACUUCUUUGGGAAACUCGAGCAACUUAACAUUUCUUGCCUUGGGCCAAAACAAUCUUGUAGGGUCGGUUCCUCGAGAAAUUUACACCCUAAGUUCUCUUACCUUCCUUUCUCUCCGACUAAACAAAUUAACCGGUUCCAUUCCUUCAUCUAUAGGAAAUCUGAGUAGUCUAAACGUCCUUAACUUCCAAAGCAAUUAUCUUUCUGGUCCAGUUCCCCAGGAGAUAGGAAGGUUGAAACCUCUGGCAAAGCUCACUUUGUCUAAUAAUAAUUUCAGUGGUCCAAUUCCUAUGUCUAUUGGAAACUUGACUGCCCUAACUUUAUUAGUCCUCGCUUCGAACAAUUUUUCCAGCUCCAUUCCUGAAGAAGUUGGAACUUUAAGACAUCUGAAGGAACUUCGCCUGUCAGAAAAUAGUCUCAAUGGGUCAAUCCCGAGAUCAAUUGGAAAUUUGGUCAACUUGAGUGUACUGAGUUUGCACUAUAACCAUCUUUCUGGUUUAAUCCCGGAUGAAAUGAAUAAUCUUAGAACUCUAAGACAUAUCUCCAUAGGUGAAAAUAAGCUCAUAGGGCGACUACCAGAUAACCUUUGCCUUGGAGGGUUACUCGAAAAUUUUACUGCGCCUAAUAAUCACUUCAAUGGUCAUCUUCCUAAGAGCCUAAAGAAUUGCAGUAGCUUAUUGAGGAUUCGACUAGAAGGAAACCAGCUCACAGGAAACUUGACAGAAGAUAUUGGUGCGUAUCCCAAUUUGAAGUACAUGGACUUGAGUUAUAACCGAUUCUAUGGCGAGCUUUCUUCGAAAUGGGGCUUUUCCCAUAACUUAACAAGCCUAAGAAUCUCCAGUAACAACAUUUCUGGUGGGAUACAUCCCAUGAUUGGGAAUAUGACUGAGCUGAGAGUAUUGGACCUCUCAUCGAACUAUAUUACCGAUCGGCUUCCAAGGGAAUUGAGAAGAUUGACUUCACUGAUCGAACUUGAUCUACAUGAUAACAAAAUCUCUGGUAAUAUCCCUCCCGAGAUUGGUCAUUUGUCUACACUGGAGAAGCUCAACUUAGGGAGCAACAAGUUUGGUGGCUCGAUCCCGAAGCAAUUAGGACAGUGCAGAAGCUUGUGGAACUUGAAUUUGAGCAACAAUGAAAUUCGAGCCAACAUUCCUUCGGAGAUAGGCAAUUUGCAGUUUUUGCGUGAUCUUGAUCUGUCCCAUAAUUUCUUGGCUGGAAAAAUACCACAAAGCAUCGGAAAGUCGACAAUUUUAGAAGUGUUGAAUUUAUCCCAAAACAGCCUCUCUGGCUUCAUACCCCAAAGUUUCAACAAUAUGUUGGGAUUGGUAUCUGUGAAUAUAUCCCACAACGACCUGGAGGGUCCAAUCCCAAACAUCGAAGCCUUCCGUGAUGCUCCAUACAGUGCAGUUGCAAGCAAUAAAGCUGGGUUGUGUGGUGUUGUGGCUGGUUUGAAGAAAUGCUCUGAGAGGACUUAUAGUGAGAAAGGAAACAAGUUUAUGAUUCUAGUGACUCUCUUACUAGUCAGCUUCAUCCUCCUCACAUCUUUAUUCAUCGGAGUGAUUCUUCUAGCUUGCCCAAGGGGCAACAGGGCAGAACAGGACUCAUUGGAAGCACAAGUGCGAGGAGAUGCUUUUGCAAUAUGGGGCUACGAUGGAAAAAUGGUGUACGAAAACAUUAUUAAAGCCACGGAAGGAUUCGAUUCCAAGUACUGUGUGGGAGAGGGAGGAUACGGAGUCGUAUACAAAGCCGAGAUAUCUGCUGAUCAAGCUUUUGCUGUGAAGAAAAUUCAUGCGCCGCAGCACGAUGAAUUUUUCGGGUUAAUGUCACUAGAGCGGGAGGUCACUGCAUUGGCAAAUAUACGACACCGUAACAUCGUCGAGCUCUAUGGAUACUGCUUCCAUCCGAGACACUCGUUCUUGGUGUACGAAUUCAUAGAAAGAGGAAGCUUGAGAAGGACCUUGAGUGAUGACGAGAUGGCAAUGGAGUUUAAUUGGGCUAGGAGGGCAAGUGCAAUCAAAGGCGUGGCGAAUGCAUUGUGUUACAUGCACCACGAUUGCUCCCCUCCAUGGAUUCAUAGAGACAUCACGAGCAACAAUGUGCUUCUGGAUGGUGAUUAUGAAGCUCAUGUUUCUGAUUUUGGCACAGCAAGGCUUCUCAAGCCAGAUUCAUCUAAUUGGACUUCAUUGGUCGGUACACUUGGAUAUAUAGCACCAGAGUUAGCAUAUUCAGCAGCAGUUACAGAAAAAUGCGAUGUUUAUAGUUUCGGAAUAGUAGCAUUGGAAGUAAUUAUGGGAAGGCAUCCGGGUGAUCUCAUCUCGAGCCCAUGUCAAUCAUCGACAUUGUCGAUACAAAUUGACUCGGGAACAUUACUGCAAGAUGUACUAGACCGACGUCUCUCGCUUCCUCUGGACAAAGAUGCAGAGAAUGUGGUCUCAAUUGCUAAACUAGCACUCGCAUGCUUGCGAGUCGAUCCUCAUCGUCGACCCACCAUGCAAAAAGUUUGUCAAGGACUUUCAGUUCAAGCACCUUUAGUGAAGCCAUUCUCGGAUCUCAGAUUGAGUGAGCUGAAUGGUGUCCAUGGUUGAGGUAACUGAACAUUUGAGGAAGUGAACGACAAGGAAAGAGCUGAAUGGUUUCCUGUCUGUACAUGUUCACAUUAAUGCACCUUUUCCUUGUAAGUGCUGUAAAAAAUGGAAGUGCCAAUGGUUAA